CACGCCAGGCUCUCGCGUGACUUUUUCAGACAGCUGGUAUUUUGACGUUUCAAGUUUGUGCAGGGUUUAUGUUUUUUAUAAUAAAUUCUCAGUAAUUCAGAAUGGAUCGUCCAGAAAAUUCAUCAAACCGCCCAAAACCAAUAGCACCGGACCCACCGAAGCCCACAAAUAAGAAUGUCACAUCAUUUAAAAAAAGUUUGAAAGGGAUAAUUGCCGGUGGAAUAACUGGAGGUAUAGAGAUAUGUAUCACAUUCCCAACUGAGUAUGUGAAGACACAGCUGCAGCUGGAUGAGCGGUCCGGAAAGUCUCGCCGGUACACAGGGCCGCUGAACUGUAUCAAGGUGACAGUCAACGAGUACGGAGUGAGGGGCCUCUACCGGGGGCUGCCUGUCCUCCUGUAUGGCUCCAUACCAAAGUCAGCCGUAAGAUUUGGUGUGUUUGAAGAGUUAAAGCGGCAUGCAGUUGAUGACAAGGGCAACUUAUCCCCAAGCCACAGAGUUCUGUGUGGUCUAGGAGCUGGUGUUGCCGAGGCCAUUUUUGCUGUGACCCCCAUGGAGACGGUCAAGGUCAAGUUCAUUAACGAUCAGACACUGGCCAAACCAAAGUUCCGAGGAUUUUUCCACGGGGUGCGAGAAAUUAUCAGAGCUGAAGGAUUUCAUGGUGUAUACCAAGGAGUUGUACCAACUAUCAUAAAGCAAGGCAGCAACCAGGCCAUACGAUUCUUCGUAAUGGAGAGUUUAAAGAACUGGUAUAGGGAAGGGGACCCGAACAAAAAAGUACCAAUGUAUGUAGUCGGGGCGUUUGGGGCUUUCGCUGGUGCUUGUUCUGUAUAUGGCAAUACUCCUGUAGAUGUCGUUAAAACUAGAUUACAGGGUCUAGAGGCACAUAAAUACAAGGGAACCCUAGAUUGUGCCUAUCAAAUAAUGAAACAUGAGGGACCAAGAGCGUUUUACAAGGGCACUGUGCCACGAUUGAGUCGAGUUUGUAUUGAUGUGUGUAUUACCUUUAUGAUCUAUGACACCUUUAUGGAAAUGUUCAACAAGGUUUGGAAGGACUAAACUGGCACAUCAGUGAUGAUGGUUACCAUGUGAUCUCCUUCUUCCUCUUUGGGGACCCAAACUUGCAAUGUUAGGCUGUGAUUAGCAAUGUAUAUAACGUUUUUCUGUUAUGGGAUCAUUUGUUGGAUUAAGGAUUGGUUUUAUUAUAGAGUGUCUCACAGUAUUUUCUUGUCUAUCUGGAUUUUAAUUACAUAUCGUUGCUGCACAAAUCAUGUUAAUGAAAAAUUAUGCUAUAAUUACAAUUAUAACUAUGUUGUUAGGUUAAAUGAGUCAAUAGUCAUUUAGUUCACAAUUGGAAAAUAUGUAAUAGUGAUUGGGCAGAUUGUUCAGAACAGUGUUAAAGUAAAUGUCAACAUGGUUAGUUUUCAAAUCUUUACUUCUCAAGAAGUGUCAUGGACUCAUUUGUGAUGUGCUGCGAUUCUUACAAGUUUUGAGACAAAAUUUUCACUUGUGCUUGUUUUAUUUCAAUAUUGCAGCACGUCAUAAAAUAGUUCACCUUUAAAAUGUAACAGCAAUGCUCUUAACAUUAUAGUUAACUUUAACAAGGUUCUCAACAAUUGGCCAAUUAUUGUUUAUUUUUGCUUUAAUUAACCAUUAAAACUAAAUUUAGUUUGACAUUCUUUGAUGGUCAGAUUUGCCAUUUAUAAAAGUUACAUCUGAAAUGCAUAUUUAAUGUUGCAAAUCCUUAUUGGACUUCAACAAACAGUGGCAAUUCAUUUUUGUACACCAAUUUUGGACGGAAGUCUUCCAUGCCAGGCUGUUUUUUAUAAUGAAUUAAGCCAUGAUGUUUUAUUAUUAUAAGUUAAAAGUUCUUUUUUAUAUACAUUGUUACAAAUGUACACAGUAUGUACCAAAUGAUUUAAUUUGUUCAUGGGUUUUGUUUAACCAUUUUUUUAUAUUUUGAAAAACUUCAAUAAGCUUUUUUAUUCAAUUUUCUAUACAAUGUGUUCUUUUCAUCUCCCACCAUGUGAAAUUGAUUUAUUUCAAACUCACUUACUGUAACAUUCCAUUUGUAUUAAUUUCAAUUACAAAUCUACAUUUGAUGUAAUCUACUUUUAAGUUAUAAGCUGGUAUGUUUUUUGUAGGAAAAGUCAAGUUAUUGUCAUAGGUAUCUUUGGCAUCGUGCAAAAACCUUUAACCUUGACCAAAGACAAUAUGCUCAUAUACAGCAACACAUGUAUCAUCAUGGCCAUAACUAAAUGAUCAUUCAAGAAUAAACUUUGUACUCACGUUACUUGUGAUUAUAUGCACAUGUGUAGGAAGUCCCAUAACUCUGGCUUACUAAUGGUUCAGUUCUGCCCCUUCAUAGUUUGAAAAAGUGAUGCAAAACUUUAAGGUACUGUAAUAACCAUUCAAGACAAUCACAUGGAAUGCUAUAUACAAACUACCAGUGAUAAUGACCACAUGUGUAGCAAGGCCUACAAAGCUUGCUUAAUAAGUUUUAAGUUCUGGCUCUUAUUGACUAAGAGGAACAGACAAGUGUAGCGUUCCCGCCACGAGGCUCUUGUUAUAUCUUAUUAGGUUUAUAACUAAAACCUGAACAUUCUGCUGGAACACAUUGUAGAAAUAGAGAAUAAAUGUUUAAGUGUAAUUCAUUGCAAUCUUACUCUGAAACAAGUAGUUUUAAUUAUUGUAUCAUACUUUUUGUUUUAUGCCAGAAAUGAUAUAAAAUGACAUACUAUUGCAUUUACUUCUGACAUGAUUUCAUUGAUAAUUAGUACCACCCUGUGCAUGCUGACAUUAAAUUUAGAUAACAGACUGGGCUAAAAUUUCAUCACAGUGAAAACUAUCAUUUUGCUACUUUCUCUAUUGGGAACAGUAAAAUAUCAAGUUAUUUUUCACAGAUAAAUCUCUAUUAACCACAAUAAUGCAUGGAAUUAAAUGUGUAACUGUUGAGAUUGUGUAUGUAGUGAAUCACUGAACCAUACUCCUAAUUGUCUACAUAAGACUUUACUGAAUGAAAUAUAUGUUAGCACAUCUUGUUGUUUGUCUAAGAAUUUAUAGCUACAUGAGAUAUAUGUAGGCAAAAAAAGGAUUUAAUGUUACCAACCAUGUGCUAUUAUUAACAUUCACACUACAUGUUAACGUAGUAUUGGACACUUGGACAAAUCUUAAUUAACUGGACUAUAACUAAAUAUACAUUAAACAGGUAUACAUGAGCAUAAUACAAUAGGCUAGAGAAAAGCAAUUUAUAAAUUCUCUCACAAUUUUAAAAAUGAGGAAGAUUGCCAGGCUGUUUUGAAUAAAAAAUAAAAAAGGGAUUGUGGUACACUUGAAUGCUGUUACUUGGAUUAUUUACAUCUUUUUACCGAAGCCAAAAUCUUGUCAGGAGGGGAUGGGAAUCUUAAAAUAUAUUCUCUAGCCUUACUUGCAAUUGGCAUAAAAUUCCUCUGUAGGAAGAUGCAAAAUCACACAGUUGGUGCAACAAGUGCAAAUAUUGCGCAAAUUACUUUACAUUUACGGUACCCUUUUUUAGCACUAAUGUGUAGAUUAACAUCAGCAUGUGUCUGUUUGUACUGCAAUAUAUUUUCUGUGCCAUGAUAUUACAAUUUAUAUAUUAUAUUAAAUAGUUUGACAUAAUGAUGAUUUCACUUGUGCUUAAAACCAUAAAAACAUUAAUGUUCCAUCCAGAAUUCCAAACAACACAUAAUGGCUAGUACUGGUACAUGUGAGUCAACAAAGCCUUGUGAAACAUUCCUAUCUACAGUUUGAUCUGUGGAGAUUUUGGUCUAAAUACCUCAUGUGUGUUUCAAAACAUUCUAUCAGCUAUGUUUGCAACAUUCUCAAUUAUUGGCAAGUAUGAAUAGACUUAAACAUGACACUUCGGCUUCCCAAAACAGUUCAGUGUCAAAGGACACACCGCAUACAUUUUCUAAACCCUCUAAAUGUCCUUUGCCUAAAUAGGAUGAUUUUGGGGAUAAUUUAUUCAUGAAAUCAUGUAGCUAUUGUGUAAAAUAUAUGGUUUAUUUUGUUACAAAACAACUUAUUAUAGUUUUAAACAUAAUUGGAAAAAAGCAAAAUGUACCUAUAAAACACUAAAGAUUAAUGUUUCUUGGCCUUAAAUGAGUAUUAACAUUAAGUGCAAUAAAAGAGAAUGACUUAAAAAGGAAUUGUAGUGUUUAAUCAGUAGAAAAAAUAUUAUGUAAUGGUGUGGUUGUAGUAUUUUGAUAGAGUGUUCAAGUUGGCAUAAGACUUUACUUGGAUGUUGAUUUUUAUUGUUGUUUUUAUUUAAUUUGGAAGCAGUGCUAUAUUUGGUUGUACUAAAUUGUGUUCUUAGAAAUAUUUUUUGUUAAAGAAAUUGUACCGUAUAAGUACUGUACGUAUCAUUUCACAUGCUCAUCCAUGUCUUUUAUAGAAUUAUAUAUUUUAUUCUAUUACACUAAUUGUUUAGUUAUGUUUAAAUUUAUAGAAUUACAAAACCUGUGAAAGCUGUGUUAAGGCCAUAGUUGUGAAUACUGUUGAAAUAUAAUGUAUCCGUGUAAAGAGGACAUAAAAUUAGAAAAGGUUAUUGAGUUGACUUCUUCAUGUAAGAAAUUUAUUUUCGUCAUUAUUGCCGAUUGGCUUAUUGCAUGUGAUACAAUAUUCUCCUAAAACGAAAUCGUUUCCAAUCUAUCCAUAAUAUUUUCGUCCUCCACCCCUAAAGGAUAUAAAUAAAACUUGGAUCACAUAAUUUUAUUAUCUAGAUUGCCUCAUGCAGAUUCCAUGUUGGGGUCUCACUGGGCAUAAGGUCACAGCACAAGGUCAAUGAUUUUAGACCAGAGUUCAAGUCCACUUCUUAUCUCCUACUUUAUGCUGCAGGGAAAUAUAGAUGAGGUAUCGACUGCCUUGAUUAUACAUGUAUAUACAUCACUAUUGUUCAGUUCUAAUUACAACAACUAUAUAACCCACAUUUGAUAGACAACUCUAAGUCAACUUGAUUAUAAAGUAUCAGAAUUAUGAUUCAGUGUGUUAAUUAGGCAGACUUAUCUGCAUAACCACAUCCAGGCUUGUUAAUGAUUGAAUAAGUUUGGGACACCACACAAAUAUUUUUUAUCUCAACUGAACAAAGGCUUGAAGUUCUUAU